AUGCGCAAGGGUCAGCACAAGAUGAACCUCACGGACAGUGAGUACACCAACAUGGUCCAGCACCUGUUGACCAAAUAUGUUCGGCUGCAUCCCAACGACUGUCCGACAGGUCUGGAAGCGUGCUUUUGUCGACUUGUCGGGCAAAAAGACGAUCUCCAUUCCGUCGGGCAGCGCAAGAAGGUCAAGAGCAGACGCAAGCAGCUCUACACUGACCUUCCGCAGCGCAUCCAAACCAUCCCCCAGUCCUGA